AUGUCAGACCAGGCUACCAAUGACCCCAUCCGUGCCCAGCGGGCAUGCUACUUCUGUCAUAAACGCAAGAUCAAAUGCAAUAGGGAAACGCCCGAGUGUUCCGCCUGCAAACGACACCAGAGGGUCUGCUCGUACAAAAACAACACACUUGAUCUAAUAAGUGAUCAGAAUACCACUUCCUCCACCGCAAUUACCGUUGAGGAGCCACCUGCGCUGCAGCCCGGGCAGAGUCCUCGAGAUCGGACCAGUGUGGCCUGUCGUUUCUUAGACCAUGAAGUCUUCCAACGAAGUAAAGCACGGUUAUCAAUUCUCCCUGUCCCCAAUUUAAUCCCGAGUUACGUGAGACCAUUUAUGGGUGAUAAUACUGGCCUACAACGAAUAGCAACUCGCUAUUACCAGUGUGUUCAUCCAUGGCUGCCAAUCAUAUCAAAACGGAAGGUUUACGAUCAAUUGCUGAAUCCGCUGUCGCCCCUGCGGACUGAUGCUGUUUUCUUGUGUCUAUGUAUGGAUCUUUUCAGCCCUCUUCAAAACGACAACCCGUGGACCCCAUUGUACUCUACUAUAAGGCGGCUGUUUACUGAGAUGCAAGUUGCCGGUAUUCUUUCCAUGGAGACACUACAGGGUUGUAUUCUCCUCGCGGUUUAUGAGAUUGGCCACGCUAUGUAUCCUGCCGUGCAGGUAUCAAUAGGUCUCUGCCUGAAAUAUUCUCUUGCAUUAGGUAUCGGUUGGACUAGCUCGGUAGAUGGUCCUAUUAGUGAUACACCAUGGGUUGAAGCGGAAGAGAGGAGAAGAACCUGGUGGGCUAUCUUCAUGCUUGAGCGAAUUGCGAACCUAGGAAACCCCCGACAGGAGUUGCUUGUUUCCGAGCCCGCUUUAACAGAACAGCUUCCUUGCCAGGAGAAGGAAUGGGACUACGGAGGAUACAAAAAUGUGUUCUCCACAUUGUCGGCUCCUCCCGAGUCACUCGGACGCUACGCAAACGUCGUGCAAGCUGGCUAUCUCCUUGGCCGCGUCCUUCUCCAUGACCUUUAUAUGUCGAUUGACAUUGAACUUCGAAAGGAAGAGGUUAGCCAGCUGGAGAAGACCCUUCACGCGUUAAUCUCGUAUUCAGAGUCUAAUGCGGGCACGACUUAUUCCAUUAUAUGCUACCAAACUGCAAUCUCAUUUUGCGCCCUCCUAACGCUUUAUGCCCCAUAUCUUUCUCAUGAGGAACCGAAUCUUCGUGAACGUGCAAACGCUGUUUCUAAUGAUGCUGCCUCCUUCGCACUAGCCGUAGCUGAAGAAUAUAUGGAGACGGAGAGCGUGGAUCUAACCCACGGUGAUAUCCCGCCAUUUGUAUUGCAUUGGUUUUAUUUGGCAGGGGUAAGAUUCAUUGUUACAAGUCAAUUGAGGGGCUUGGGUGUCAUAGAAACAGCAUUGGAAAAACUCAACGCGAAAUGGAAAUCUGCUGGGAUAUAUUUGGAACUUCUAGCGGCACGACGAAUCAUGGACUCUAUCCCAACCUAG